AUGGUCUUCCAGCAGCCGUCCCAGGCUGAGACAAGAACUGUAACCUACAAUAGAUCGCACUCCCUCCAAACUAUAUCCGUCACACCACUCGACACCCACCGAGAUGGCUACUGGGUGAUCUAUAUACACGGCGGUGCAUGGCGGGACCCAACCAUCACAGCGGAAUCUUUCGACAAGACUGCCAAAAUCCUUCGCAACAACCCCGGACUUCCAAUUUCUGGCAUCGCUUCGAUCUCGUACCGACUAAGCGCACAUCCAGACUACCCAGAAAACGAACGGACAACCCCCGUAGCGGAAUAUCGUAAUGCGAAACACCCUGAUCACAUCCGCGAUGUCGAAGCCGCACUCGCAUUCCUGCAGAAUACCUACGCUUUUGGACCUCGCUAUAUCCUCGUCGGGCACAGCUGCGGCGCUACACUAGCUUUCCAAGCAGUGAUGGGGACUGUGGCAGACCAUCGCGAACUGGCAUUUAGUGGUGGUGCGGGUGAUGAUGGUCAGGGUGCAGAGCUGGUUUCUAUGUCCCCAGGACCAUUACCACCGAAAUUGUCAGCUCAGCCGGUUGCUAUAGUCGGCGUCGCAGGUAUAUAUGAUUUGAGACGUCUGCAGGAUACACACCGAGAUAUUUCAGCGUACAGAGAGUUUAUUGAAGGGGCAUUUGGGCCUGAUGUCAUGCUUUGGGAUGGUGUGUCGCCCGCACAGAUGAUUGGGUCGCGUGGGCUGGAGGGUGGUUGGAAGAAUGGGCGAUUGGUUGUAUUGGCGCAUUCGAAGAAUGAUGGACUUGUAGACUGGGGCCAGGUAGAUGAGAUGAGGGAGGCACUGCGAGGCUGGGAAGAGGCGCAAGCUGAAAUACCCCUGCGAGAAUUGUCGAGUCGUGAUAGACGAGUUCAAGUAUUGCCGCUCGAGGGUCCGCACGAUGAUGCAUGGAUUCAUGGCGAUGAGCUGGCUAGGGCAGUCGAAUAUGCCUUUAUAGAACUACAGCAAAUGGGCCUGGCGCCUGAACCCGAAGCCAUCAAUGGCUCCAGUCCACGGCGAUUACGUAGUCAUUAA